CCAAGCUCUGCGCAUGCGUCUAACUGUUUGCUGAAGCCUAUCCUCUGGGCCCAGGAUCUCUUCGUGCACAUGCGCAGAAGGCUCAAUGACAGUCGCGCGUCGGCUAAGGCUCUGGGAAAGGGGGCUGGCCAUGUUGCAUGUGACCUGGGGGUCCAAGGUCCGAGUAUGGUCCCUGGUGCCUGCUCUUCUUGGGACUCCCCGAGCUCUGUCGUCCCUGGCGAACAGGAUGGGGGUGUACCGAAAGAUGUGGAACCCCACGGAGCCCCGCGACUGGGCCCAGCAGUACCGCGAGCGCUUCAUUCCAUUCUCCAAGGAGCAGCUGCUCCGCCUCCUGAUACAGGAGUUCCACUCUAGCCCAGCGGAGAGAGCGGCUUUGGAGGCAUUCUCAAGUCACGUGGACUUCUGUACCCUGUUUCACUACCAUCAACUCCUGGCCAGGCUGCAGGCCUUGUAUGACCCCAUCAACCCUGACAGGGAGACUCUGGACCAGCCAUCCCUUUCUGAUCCCCAGCGUCUGUCCAGUGAGAAGGAUGUGCUCCAGGCUCUGGAGCCCCUGCUGGCCCAGGCCAACUUCUCUGCACUCUCUGAAGAUACCCUGGCCUACGCACUUGUCGUCCAUCACCCUCAGGAUGAGGUCCAGGUGACAAUAAAUUUGGAUCAGUAUAUCUACAUGCAGUUCUGGGCCCUGGGCCAGAGAGUUGGGCAGAUGCCCCACAUGUCCAGUGUGGGCUCCAAACGUGGCUUCUUCAGAAAGUUGCCCCCUGUGGAGAGGAGAUAUUUCAAGCGUGUGGUGCUGGCAGCGCGUACAAAACGGGGGCACCUGGUUCUGAAGAGCUUCAAGGAUACCCCGCUGGAGGGCUUAGAGCAGCUGCUGCCGGAACUGAAGGUGCGCACGCCCAUGCUGCAGCGCGCCAUGCUCAACCUGAUGCUGGUGGUCUCGGGAGUUAUAUUCUUCGUCAAUGUGGGCAUGGUGAUACUGUCUGACCUCAAGAUGGCCACCUCCUUGCUACUACUGCUCUUUGCUGCCUUCAUGGGCCUGAGGGCCUCCAAGGUGUUUGGGCAGCGGAGAAGCGCGCAGGCGCUGGAGCUGGCGCACAUGCUGUACUACCGCAGCACAUCCAACAACUCGGAACUGCUCAGCGCCCUGGCGCUGCGGGCUCAGGAGGAGCACAUCAAGGAGGCCCUGCUGGCUCACAGCUUCCUAGCCCGCCGCCCAGGGGGCGCCCAAGGCCUCCCUGAAGAGACCUCCAAGUGGCUACAGUCUGAAGUGGAGAGCUGGCUUCUAGCCCAGUCCGGCUGUGAUGUGGCCUUCAAUGGAUCUCGGGCCCUAGCCCACCUACAAGCCUUGACUCCCAGCUUGGGCUUGUUCCCACCACCUGAGUUGCCACAACUUGACCCACUGGUCCUAGGCACUCCAGAGGCCACGCAGGCUGCUGCUCCUGGUGGUAGCUACCCUUCAUCCUGACCACUUAACCAGGUCCGGUACUGGCAGGGUGCCAAGCUCCGCCUCCUCCAUAGCAAGGUGUCAGUCGCGGCAACUGUAUCUCCUGCCCGGACUCUUGGUUGUGAACAAGGCCAUUAUUUCUGCUAGGCCAUUAGUUUUGCUAUGCUAUGCACUUAAAAAGAGUAGUCAGUCAGGGCUGCUGGCAGUUGCUAAGCAGCCUCCUGAGGCCAGCCAAUCAAAGUCGUGUAUCUCAGUUUGUAUUUUAUUUCUCGGCCCCGCCCCUGACGGGAACCUCACCCAGGCCGGGUGGAGGGGGCGGGGUUUGGGGAGGUUUGACACAGCUGCUGGAUUGCAGCUGCUAGAGUUGGAAAUUGUGAGACCGGCCGGGCUGUGAAAGCUGUGCCUGGAGGCCCUGCUUUCGUCUUCCGUUUAGUCUGCACAGGAACUGGCUGCCACACGCACCUGGGCGGGGCCCACUGCCGCCCGCAAGCCGUUUGGUCCUUGCACAUCGAGGGUGCGUACACUGGGCACCUCAACCACGGGCAGCCAAUCAGAAUUCCUGGAGGAAUUCUGCGAAUCCAUGUGAGAUGAGCCAUCUGUUCUGCAGCUGAUCCGUCCUGGUUAAAGGCAAUGGGAACUGCCUGGCCCAAAGGAGACAGAGGGCCUGCAGCAUUCUGCCCCAAGAUCACUCCAGCUCAGGCCCAACCAGUCCUUGCUGCAGAAGCCGCUUUGGUAUGGGUCUCCCUACUGUGCAAUAUUUAUCAUUUUACCUUCUUCCAAAGGAAUAAAUAAUGUUUAAUAAGUCUGGUCAGUGUGGCUGCAGGUGAAAGAGGGUGGUCAGAAUCCUGGAAAGAGUGUGUGGUGGGGUCCCAGAUGGGGGUCUCAGAAGGCACUGAUGCCGGAGGAAAGCUUUGAUUUCAAGAGUCUGGACCUCAAGAAGACCGGGCACAGCGGUGCAGACUGUCCAGCACAUAGUGGGACACAGCCAGAAGCAGGUGGAAUCCUGUGAGGCCCAGCGGUACCCACUGCCUGAGUGGAGGGGGUGCUACAUUGACUGUACAGUGGCCUGUGUGGGUUCUGGGAGGGAGGGGAGAGCAGUCUGCAGUAGGAGACAACUCUUUCAGUGGUUGGGGCAGAGACAAGAUGUGGAAGAGAUCACCAGCUCAGAAGUGUGAGGCAGCCUGGGUCCCUGGGCUCUGAGACAGUUCUAAUGAGGUCUUCAGGGAGGAAGGGGGUCAUCCUGAUCUUACCUAGGUCAACUGCCCUCAGGAAGCUGGCUCCAGCUGGCUUCCCAGGGUGGAGAACCUGGGAGUUGAGCUCUGACAGAGCCUGGAGAGGAUGGCUGUUGUUAGGGAGGGAGGGAGCCGAGCUAGGACCGUGGUUAAACAGAUUUUAUUCUCUAGACACACAGCAUUCAUUCACGUUUCCGCAGGUGGAUGUAGAUGAUGCCGCUGACCAGGGCGAGGGGGAAAGCCACCCAGGCCAGGGCGAAGCAGUAGCCGAAGCUGCCCCCGCGCGGGUACUUUUCCAGGAUCUCCUCAGGAUGGAUGGCGUAGAUCAGUGCCCCAGAGAACACGGCUGCACCUGGGGAACGGGAGCACAGUGUGAGGCUGGGUGUCCAGGGCGGCUGCACUGCCGUGGGCCCUCUGCAGUACACCAGGCCUCCACAGGCAUCCAGCUGCAUGGCUUUGGGUCCCCAAAUGCCCAUCUGUGAAAUAGGCCAUGGUAACCAUCCAUCCAUGGAAUUCUUGAGUUUUUCCACGAACCAAACAUACAAACAUGAGUAAGUAACAUGGGUGGAAUUUCCCAGGGAACCCAGGAAGAUGUGUCCAAAGCCACCAUGAUUAACUCAGCCCUUUGUGUCCCAAGCCAUGAUUAACUCAGCCCUUUGUGUCCAAAGCCACCAUGAUUAACUCAGCCCUUUGCACCUAGAGCCAAAAAAUUUAAAAAAAGAGCUGUGUGUUCAAA